AUGUUUCGGCUAGUCCGAGUGGUGCGAGCGCUGCGGUUCUUGAUUUCUGUCCCAGAAUUCUAUUUGCUGAUCACAGGGUUGUACUCCUCCAUCAAAGCCAUCGUCUUCGGUGCGCUGAUGCUGGUGUCGGUGAUUACCUUCUGGGCCGUGAUUUCGGUGGAGGUGUUACAUCCCAUCACGUCCGGCAUGACCUGGGAGGACUGCGAUCGAUGCCCGGAUGGCUUUCGUGGCAUCUUUGCAGCAGCCCUGACCUUGUUCCAGCAGAUUGUGGCGGGAGAUUCCUGGGGAACCAUCUCCAUUCCCUUGGUGGAAACCGCACCAUGGACGGCGGUUUUACUCUUCUCCAUUUUGAUCACCAUCUCCUUGGGGAUGCUGAACUUGAUCUUGGCAGUCAUCGUGGAACGUGCCGCAGAAGCUCGAGAGAACGACCACGAGGCAAAGAUCAAGAAGAAAAAUCAGGAUUGCUCCAGGAGUAUGGAAGACUUGGCCGGCAUUUGUGCUAGCAUGGAUGAGAACAACAAUGGUAUGAUUUCCUAUGAGGAACUUUUGAAGGGCUACGAUGAAGUCGGCGAGUUCAAGAGAUUUAUGGAUUUGAUGGAUUUGAAGCGUGAAGACAUGGCCACCGUGUUUAAUGUCCUGGACACAGGAAACACACAGGAAGUUCUGUACCUGGAAUUCUGCCAACAUUUAGGAAAUUUCUUCAAAAGAGAUCCUGUAAUCAUGCAUUCUCUGGUGAAAUAUUCAGUGAUGGAAUUGCGAAAACUUUUGGAACACGACAUUUUGCAUCACAUGGAGCACCAGUCGCAGAUGCUGCGACUCUUGCUGCGGGAUCGGGGCUUGGCUGAACCGACACCGAAAGCGGCACCGAUGAAGGCUGAUGGCCAUGAUAGCCAUGAUGACCAUGGCAGUCAGGGCAGCCAUGAUGGCCAUGGCAGUCAGAGCCUGUCCAAUUUGUCCCAGGAGCUGCAGGUGUUGGAAGCAGAACUGCAGCCAUUGUUGGCAAAAGCUCAGGAAUUGGUCGAUUCCAUUACUGUUGAGGCACGAGAAGAUACAAUUGACAUCGACCAAGUGGCCAUGGAUGUCCAAUUCCACGACAUUUCGCAGAGGUUUCAAGCGAGAAUUUCCGACGCCCAGCGUUUACAAGACCGCUGCAGCAGCCUAUUGCAAGCUCCCCAUGCUCCACAAGCUCCAGCUCCCAUAGGGAGCGAUGUUCACCACCGUGCUCAAAGUCCGACAGCCGGGAAGGCGAACAAUGCGAGCAAUGCGAGCAAUGCGAAAAAUACCCCAAGUGCCCCAACUGGGACAUCUGCCAAGGCGAACCGCCCUGGCAUGUCCGAAGCGGCUUAGUUUCACCUCG